AUGUCCAGUAUUGUCCCCAGCUUGUUGUAUCUCAUUGGUCAAUGGACUGAUGAUGGACAGCUGAACCAUCCCUAUAAACAACUCUGUGUUGAAACAGGUACGUCGGUGAAAAUUAGUCAUUUGUGGUGUGGUGUAUAUAUAACUUACGAUGGUUUAAUACGACUCCAAGAUUUAUCCCUUCAAACAAAACAAAUACGAUCUUUGUCGCGCGAUUCUAAUCUCCGGUAUAAGGAAGUAGAAAUCCCUCAACGGUUCAAUGUUCAUUUAUUGGACAUAUCAACUGAUCAUUAUUCCGGAGGUGGUAUAAUUUUAUUGGACCAACAUGUCAGUGGAGCAUUGACCACAAUAUUUACUAAUAGUUGUCAUUUAACGUAUCUAUUUUCGUUUAGUGUUCUUCGACGUGCUAUGCGUAUGGAGUUUACGUCGAGCAACUUACGGAAACAAUGGUUUUGUGCGACGCGUUUAAAUUAUGAUCAACAGAUUGAUUUAUUAUCAGUAAUACAUUUAUUCGUUGCGGAAAUACGAUAUUUCAUACAUCAGCUACAAUAUUAUAUUAGUUUUGGAUACUCGAAAUGUGUCUGA